UAUUACCUCAAGACUGAUAACACAGAAAGAAGGAAAGAAAGUCUCAAAAUAUGGAAAAUUCAAUCAUUUCCUGUCAAUCAAAACCUCACCUAAUAGAAUUCUUGAAGCAACAACUACCCACUUCAAAUUCAGUUAAACCCAUUAUACCAAAAAGAACCAUUAAAUUUGGUUCAGGAACAACCCAGAAAAUCACAGAACUAGACAUAAACAAUCUAUGCAGAAAUGGGAAGCUAAGAGAAGCUGUAACGGCGUUAGACUCUAUAACAAAAAAUGGGUUUAAGGUAAGACCCAAUACUUACAUUUCUUUAUUACAAUCUUGUAUUGAUACUGAUUCCAUUGAAUUUGGUCGUAAAGUUCAUAAUUUGAUUGCUGAAGUAAACCCAUUUGUUGAGACUAAACUUAUCAGUAUGUAUGCGAAAUGCGGUAGUUUAAAUGAUGCUAGACAUGUGUUUGAUGAAAUGUGUGAGAGAAAGAAUUUGUUUGCUUGGUCUGCCAUGAUUGGUGGGUACACCAGAGAGCAAAGAUGGAGGGAGAUAAUCGCUCUUUUCUUUUUGAUGAUGGAUGAAGGAAGUUGUUUUCCAGAUGAAUAUAUGUUGCCGAAGAUUUUACAAGCGUGUGCGAAUUUGGGUGACGUUGAGACUGGUAGAUUGAUACAUUCAUUGGUUGUUAGGACUGGGAUGGAUUUGUGUGUUCAUGUAAAUAAUUCUAUAUUAACUAUGUAUACAAAAUGUGGGAAGUUGGUGUCGGCUAGACGGUUUCUUGAGAAUAUGGAUGACAAGGAUUUGAUUACGUGGAAUUCGAUUAUUUCGGGGUAUUGUCAGAACGGGAUGAAUGAAGAAGCAUUGGGGUUGUUUGAGAGAAUGAGUGCGGAAGGUAUUGUACCGGGUUUAGUAUCUUGGAAUAUAUUGAUUGCUAGUUAUAAUCAAUCUGGGAAAUGUGAUCAAGCGAUGGAACUGAUGGAGAAAAUGAAUGAAAAUGGGCUUUCUCCUGAUGUCUUUACUUGGACGUCUAUGAUUUCGGGUUUUGCUCAGAAUAAUAGAACAAACCAAGCUUUAGAACUUUUCAGAGAAAUGUUGGUCUCUGGGGUUGAACCGAAUGGAGUUACUGUUGCAAGUGCAGUCUCUGCUUGUGCUUCAUUGAAAUCUUUGAAGAAGGGCAAGGAGCUUCAUUCGGUUGAGGUUAAGAUAGGUUCCCUGGCUGAUGUACUAAUGAAGAAUUCUCUAAUCGAUAUGUACUCCAAGUGUGGGAAACUUGAAGAUGCUCGGCGUAUUUUUGAUAUGAUGGUGGAGAGAGAUGUUUUUACAUGGAAUUCCAUGAUUGGAGGGUAUGCCCAAGCUGGAUAUUGCGGCCAAGCUUAUGAUCUCUUCACUAGGAUGCGGGUUUCAGGUGUUAAGCCAAAUGUAGUAACAUGGAAUUUGAUGAUCUCGGGCCAUAUACUAAAUGGAGAUGAAGAUCAAGCCAUGGAUCUCUUCCGGACGAUGGAAACUGAAGGGAUUAUCAAGCGGAAUACAGCAUCAUGGAAUUCACUAAUUUCGGGUUCACUCCACCAUGGGCAAAAAGAUAAGGCCUUACGGAUAUUUCGUCAGAUGCAAGCUUUUCGUGCAAGACCCAAUUCCAUUACCAUGUUGAGCAUUUUACCGGCAUGUGCAGAUCUGCUUUCAACGAGAAAGUUAAAGGAGGUCCAUGGUUGUGCUGUUCGUGAAAGUUUAGACACUGAGCUACCAGUGGCAAACUCUCUUAUAGACACCUAUGCCAAGUCUGGGGACAUGAUCUCUUCAAGAGCCAUAUUUGAUGAUAUGUUUUCGAGAGAUACUAUUUCUUGGAACACCCUAAUUGCUGGUUACAUUUUACACGGUCAUCAUCAUAUCGCGAUAGAUCUAUUUCACAUGAUGAGAGCAGAAGGUAUCAAACCUAAUAAGGGAACCUUUUCAUAUAUUAUUUUGGCUUACAGUGUCUUGGGAAUGGUGGAUGAAGGAAAGCAAAUCUUCUCCAGUAUGACGAAAGAUUAUCAGAUUUCACCUGGUUUAGAACAUUAUAACGCCAUGGUGGAGUUGUUUGGUCGAUCAGGUAGGCUUGGGGAAGUGACUGAGUUCAUUGAGGAUAUGGCAAUAGAAUCUCACCCUUCCAUUUGGUCUUCUUUGCUAAAGGCCUCGAGGGUUCAUGGAAAUGUCGGGUUGGCGAUCCGAGCAGCAGAAAAUUUAGUCAAAUUGGAACAGAGAAAUACCAUAACUCACAAGCUAUUGUUACAGUUAUAUGAAUUAAGUGGCAGCUGCGAAGAUGCUUCAAUGAUGAGAACGCUUGAGAGAAGAAGUGAGGCAUUAAACACUCUCGGAUAUAGCUGGAUCAAUGUUAACAACAAGGUACAAACUUUUGUCACAGACGAUAAAUCGAUGCCAGAUGCAGAUGUGCUAUAUGCUUGUCUGGAUAAGAUUAAAGAAGAAGUUAGGCUAUCUAUGCCUGAUUCUCACGAGCAUACCCACCUUAACAUCCAGGAGGAAGAUACAGAAAAGAUUGCUGGAAUUCACAGCGAGAAAUUAGCAAUUGGUUUUGCCCUCAUCAGUUCUUCUAAUGCAGCUCGAAGUAUACGGAUCGUCAAGAACCUUAGAGUUUGUAGUGAUUGCCAUAAGACAGCCAAGUUUAUCUCUUUGAGAUAUGGAUGUGAAAUUUAUCUGAAUGACCCCAAAUGUCUUCACCAUUUCAAAGACGGGUUUUGUUCUUGUAAAGAUUACUGGUAAAGCGUGCAUAGACGAAGAAUGGGUAAGUCAGAAGUAAUUAGUUUGAAAUUGAUCACAGGCGGCACCGUUCGAAGGCAUUCAAACGAUUUGUCAAGGAAGGUGUUCAGCGACUUAUACAUAUGCCAAAGAAGUGAAAACUAAAGCAGUUCUGUGUGGUUCAGCAUGUAUACAAGCAAACUUGAUACAUUACUAUCGACAUUACAAGGUAUAGUAAAAAAAUACAUUGUCCAAGCUUCAGCUUCGUUCAACCUAAAACUAGUCAAGUGUUUCUCCAUAGAAGAGCCUUCUAUAGAUUACUUGUAAGGAGUUUUUGUGCCUUGAGGGUAACCCUUGUCAAACAUUGUAUAGGACUAUCCAAUCCUUGUAAUUUUGUGUUCUGUCUACCUCCUGACGUUCAUGGUUCACAUAUUUCUUUUUCAAUCUCUUUGGUUUAAAAGGAGUGCCCACAGUUGGAUCUCAGCUCCACUAUGGACA